GCCCGGAAGGAGCAGGCAGGGCCAAUUCCCAUCCCCCCAGCAGCAUGGCAUCCUGUGCUGAGCCCUCUGCCUCCGGGCCUGAGCCCACUGCCCCACCGCCUGCUGGGGUCCCACCACUUGAGGACUUCGAGGUGCUGGAUGGGGUGGAAGACGCAGAGGGCGAGGAGGAGGAGGAGGAGGAGGAAGACCUGAGUGAGCUGCCACCACUUGAAGACGUGGGGCAGCCUCCACUGGAGGAGGCUGAGCAGCCUGGGGCCCUGGCCCGAGAGUUCCUGGCCGCCAUGGCGCCUGAGCCCGAGCCCGCCCCGGCCCCGGAUGAGUGGCUGGACAUCCUGGGUAAGGAGCAGGGGUGGCUUGGGUUGACCCACACGGCCUGGACAGCUCAGGUUCAGGAAUGACCUUGGCCUAGGUCC